UUGGAGAAGUAGAAGGAUAGGGCACGCAGGGACUUAUUACCAUUGUUUACAUUGUUUACCGUUAUACAACUGAACUACAGGAAUUCAACUACACAUCAUCAUGAAUACUGAAGCACAGAGACUCAUCACUGUGUCUUUGGGAAAAAUACAGGCCUCGCGUUCCCAGCGAGGUGGUAUAAACUUACAUAAAAACUUACUCGUGGCGUGUGUGCUUCACAAGGCUAGGACGGCUUACAUGAUGGAUAAUUUACAAACUAUGUUGAUGAACAGAAAGGCUCAAUCGGAAUCAAAAUAUGCGGAAACACCUGUCACUCAGAUAAGUACAAACAAUUCCUCUCAAAAUUAUCCUUGUAGCACAAAUACUACAAGCGUGGUUGUACGAGCCAGCCAUGACGCGACCAAGAGGUCACGAGAGGAAACGGAGCAGACCACUGAAGCGUGCCGCGAUCAGGACAAAGAAAACUCACCACCCAAACGCUUGAGGACUGAAUCAAGUGAUAUCACUGAACAAAAACUGUCUUCAGAUUCACAAUGCUCAAAAUCUACAGAAAUGAAGAAAUCGUGUAGUUUGGUGAUCGUACGAACAAGCAACAAUGCCGUGACCCCGAUAAGUCAGUGUACGGAACAGCCAAAGGUCACAGAUGCUUACGUCAACAGCCAGUCAUGUGUGGGGUGUGUAAAACGUAGGCGUUUCAGCACGGACUCGUCAACAACGGAUGAGGCGCACGAGGGUGUUAAACGUCCACGUAUCGAACGGGUCAUCGAUUCCAGUGAGGAUGUAACAGACUCGGACAGUGUGUUUCUUCCCGACCCCCCUAAGGACCUACACUCCAGGGGCGAGGCAGUGGAGUUGAGUAGGCCACAGCAGGACAAUUUACAUGCCGUGGUUCAACAGCAUGUGCAGCCCGAAUCAAUUCAAAUCACGAACCUUGUUACUAUUUUUAAUACAGGAUUUGGUGGACUAUGUGAAAAGAAUUUAUCAGAAAAGGAUCAGAUUGUGGACUGUAAUAACAACGAUUCCAAGGAUAGGUUGGACACUGUGACAUAUUACAACAAUGUGCACGGACACAAAUUCUCCGUACUGGAUAGUUGUAGUACUCAGAUGAUCGAUUCUACAAAGGUUGAUGCUGUUCCCAUGCCAACGGCCAUUGCUGUGUAAUGGACCGAGAACUGUAAAUUGUAGUUUCUAUAUUUAGUUGGGACAGGUGCCUAAUUAGAUAAUGAAACAGUUAGAUAGACCAUAUGGCCAGUAUGUUGACAGUGCACUUUUUGAAACAAUUACAAUAUUUUUAAUAUCUUUUGAUGAGAAAUACGUUCAUUGAAUGAACAAUUAAUUGCGUAAUCAGGGAUUGUGUACAUAAACGUCAUUGUCCACAUUUCGACUAUCCCAGUCGGCUUGUUGGAUAAUUGCCAAGGCUGUGACGUAAUUGAUCUCAUGUUUAUUUUAAUUUUUAAAGGUCAUUUGACAAAAGGGUCCGUCCACCUUAAGUCCUUGUUUAUGAAUCGGUGACUACAUUGGGCACUAUUCCAGAUAAAUGUACUACACAAACAGGAUAGUGUAUUGUGUCAUUUUAGAAACUCUAUCACGCGAAAACAACCCAUGUGAUCUUUGCCUCUGGUUAUUUUAUUUUUAAUAACAAUCUGGUAUAUUUUCAAUUCCAAAUUUGAAAAAAAAAAAUCAUGACCAAUUAAUCAGAUCAAGUAUGAAGUACAAAGUGUGUACUUGGGAGAUUUUGUGUACUACGUCUACCACAGAAGUCGCAGUACGACCCGUGUACUAGAUAACCCGACUGUGAAGGGAGCGUUAUUUAUUGGCUGGACCGGAUGUGAAUGUGGUGUGUUCGUGAGGCGUGUGGGUGGACUACAAUGCUAUUGUGUGAAAGAGUGUUUUAGAAUGUACGGUCAUUGUGAGAAAGUAUUUAAUAUUUAUGUCAAAACUGCAGCGAUGCUGAUAUUUAAAUGAUGAAAAAAUACAAGAAAAUAAACAUAAAAAUAUUUAAAAUA